GAACUGCCAAUGGAGGAGCCAGAACCUUGCCAUCUUGAGGAAAAGUUUUUAGUAUUUAAAUGGCAGCUUCUACAACUAUUUCAGUAUUGCCCAAAGUGUCAUCUUCCAGCUCGUGGCAUUGUCGAUAAGAGAGUUGGAACUUGCAUUCAUAUAGUGCAGAAGUGCUCUGCGUGUAACUUUGUCAAUAAUUGGGCAAGUCAACCUUAUAUUGGCAAAAUGCCAGCUGGAAAUCUUCUUCUUUCAGGUUCCAUUUUAUAUUCUGGCAGUCUAAGCAGCAAAUGCCUUCUAAUGUUCAAGUUGUUGAAUAUGGCUUGUUUUGGACGCAGUACAUUUUUUAGGCAUCAACAACAGUAUGUUUUGCCAACAGUUGUGCUACAUUGGAAGCAGGCACAGAGUACUAUUAUUGCAGACUUAAAGUCACAGAACAGAGGGUUGGUGCUUGCUGGUGAUGGACGCUCAGACAGCCCUGGUCAUUGUGCAAAAUAUGGUGCAUUUACUUUCAUUGAAACCAAGAUCAACAAAGUUCUAGACAUUCAACAAGUUCAGACUUGAUUUUGUUCACCUUUAUUUUCUGGAACAACUACAUGUAAAUCUUAAUCAGAGUAAUGAAGUUCCAAAUAGUUCGUGGUGUGAGCAUGAAGGAUUAAAAAGAAGUGUAAGAUUUCUGAAGGAUGAGGGGUUGCAGUUAGACAACCUUAUUACAGACAGACACAGACAGAAUAACAAGUGGAUAAAGGAAAAUCUUGAUGGAACAAACCACUUCUAUGACAUCUGGCAUGUUGCCAAAGGCACAGGAAAGAAACUCGAUGCUUUAGCCAAGGUCAAGGAUUGUGAAAUUGUUGGUAAAUGGAAGCAGUCCAUCACCAAUCAUAUGUAUUGGUCUGCAGGUUCUACACCAGAUAACAACGGGGAUAUGAUUGUUGCCAAGUGGGAGUCGGUCAUACAGCAUUUGCAGAACAUCCACAACAACCACCCAAAUGCUCUUUUCCGAAGAUGUCUUCAUGAUCCCCUGGAAGAAGAUGACGAGCGGGAAAUAGAGUGGCUUAAUCCUACAAGCAAAGCCUUUGAGCAAUUGGAAAAGAUUCUUUUAAACAAGACCCUCCUAAAAGACAUAUCAAGACUUUCCAGUCAGGAGCAGACUUCUUCGUUGGAGGCAUUUCAUAGCUUGAUUCUCCAUUUUGCUCCCAAGAAUACAGCCUUUUCUUAUCUUGGAAUGUUAUGUCGACUCUACUUGGCUGGACUCCAUAAUAAUGAGAAUUCGGAACGUGACCAAAUGUUCACCAGACAAAGAGAACCAUGCUUCACAAUCAGGUACCCAAAAGGAAGGAAAGGACAAGCUGUUGUACGUCCUGACAAAACUAAGCCUACCUAUGAUUAUGCCAUGCACCUCCAACAAGAGUUGGUUGAUCGAUAUAUCCAAGGGCCAAGCCAACUACGAGAUUCCAUCGAUAAUCUACGUGCAAGGGUACCUAAUUUUCUAUCCGCAAAUGCAGAUCAACCGGACAAGGCAGAGGCUGUGGAGAUGUUCGUGUCCAGAUAUAACAGAUGAUGACACUUUAUACAUCUAUUUGUGUCAAUAUACUGUGCUCUGUAAUUUGAUUGUUACAACCACAUAAAAUUGUAAAUGUAUACCAUAAUUAACUCCUUAGAAACCUUUUGUGCAGAAUACACAAACAUCUUGUUGUUAAUUACCAAAACCAGUAUGUACUUAUUUUAUUGCCUUUGAGGUCUGACGGGUUGUAAGAACUGUUUGUUGAGAAAUGCUACAUUUGGCAGUUUUUUUUAAUUGUUGGAAUGAGCUUACCUAGGUUUCUAGUUAUUUGGCCACUCAAAGUUUUUGUAUUGCCCAUCAUUUGCAGGAAAUGCAUUUCUAAUGCGUGACAUUACACAGGCUGGUAAAGGAGUACAGUUGUUCUUUCCCAGGAAAACCCAACACCAUCUUAAUAAUUGACGAUAAGCCACAUAUCUAAACUUCCUUAAAUAUUGCACAUUUUUGUAAAGAUUGUGCUUAAUAUACAUAAAAUGUGUUGGACAUUUAAAUGUGGAUGAAUAUUUAUUUUUUGUUUAAUUUGUAUUUCAUGUAAGGUUUUAUUUAUUGGCACUCACUGAUGCUGGGGUUUCUGUAUCCUUCCCCAAUCUUGUCUGUAAGCAUAAUAUGCUGUUUCUAAAACCCAUGGAUCCAAACAAACACUUUGAAAACCAGGA